AUGUCCGCGGAUUCCCGCCGCCCACGCCGAGCCCGCAGCAGCCACCAACAACACUCACGUGUUUUUUCGGAAAAGAAGAGCGAGGCCUCCUGGGAAGCAGCUUUUAUAGCAGGCCAAGAGUCGCGAGAUCUCCGCAGCCCCGCCCCAGGCGGGAGCGUGCCGAGCUCCUAUAAGACAACCUGUGAUUGGCUCCGCGGUGCCCCGCCCUCACCGGGCUCUGAGAGCUCUUGUCCGUCCGGUCCCAGCCGCGGCCCGGGAAUCUACGUCACCCGAAAAGCGACUAUAAACGCCGGCGCCUCCGUCCCCAGCCGCGGCUUGGGAGUCUACGUCACCGGCUAUAAAUUCCCGCGCCUCCGUUGUGCUCUCCUCUUCACUCAGGACACUGGUCCUCCCACGCCUGAGACCGACGUCGCCAGGACCGCGGGGUCGGGGGAACUUGGCUGUCCCCCGUCUUUCAAAUAAAGCUGUUUGUCUAACUCA